ACAGACGUCACCUCCACCGCAGUCACAGAAACUACCACAGACAUUACCAGCACCCCUCUAAGUACAACUACCACUGAUUCCCCCACUACCCAUGUGUCCACCACUACAUCUGAAGCCACGACCUCCUCUCUGAACUGCCAGAACGGAGGGAACUGGACAGGUCAGGUCUGCCUCUGCCCCAAUGGUUUCUCGGGGAAGUUCUGUGAGAAGAGAGUCCCUGUUGUCAUCUGCCAGAAUGGAGGCUUGUGGGACGGGCUCAAAUGUCAAUGCACCGGCCUCUUCCAUGGGCCAAGGUGUGAGGACGUGGAUAACAUUGAGAUAGAGAAGAAUAUCUCUGCCACCAUGGAAGUGACCGUAAAAAUAACCGGUCGAAACUACAGCGAAGAGCUGAAUAACAGAACAUCCGAGGCAUUCAAGGUCUUCAAUAAGACAUUCACAGAACAGAUGGAUUCAAUUUAUAAAGGGAUCCAGGGAUAUGAAGGGGUUAUCAUCCGAAGCCUGAGGGAAGGCAGUAUCGUGGUGGAUUAUGAUGUCAUCCUGAAGGCCACAUACACCCCAGAAUAUGAAAGUGUGUUAGAGGAAAUCAGUAAAACUGUGGAGCAAACAACCGUGAAUGCAACCAAAGAAGAUCCAGUCUCUAAGAACUGUUCAGUUUCUCUGUGUUUCAACCCAAAGGACACCCGGGUACAAAACCUUUCACUCACUGUGGAUCCUAAAAAGGCAUGCCAGGAGAAGGCUGGAGAGGACUUUGCAAAGUUUGUCACACUGGAGGAAAAGGACAAUAAGUUGUACUGUGUCACGCCCUGCUCAACAGGCUACAAAAUCUCCAGGAACUGCAACUAUGGCAAAUGCCAGCUGCAGCGGAGUGGCCCCCAGUGCCUCUGCUUGACCACAGACACUCACUGGUACAGCGGAGAAAACUGCGACUGGGGCGUCCAGAAAAGCCUAGUGUACGGGCUCGUGGGAGGCGGCGUGGCAGUGCUCCUGGUGAUCCUGGUUAUCCUGUUUGUGUUUUCCAUCCGCUUCAGAAGAGAGGCGCGAAGGCAAAGGUCCAAAGUGUCCGAGAUGUACAAGUGGGGUGAAGAGGAGGGCCGAACAACUCCUGGAGCCUGCUACAACGUUGGUUUUGAGCACAAUGAAGAGCGAGAAAACUACGUUCCCUUGGGCUCCGUGUACAGCAACUUCCAGCCCUCCCUAAACCGUAUAAAUCCUGAAGGAAAGAUGCAGAUUCAGCGGCCCCAGGUAGUCAUGACAUCGUUGUAAACAGUAACACAAAAGCAGUUUUGCAUGGAUCCCUGGAGAUGGGGCAAAGAGAACCCUGCUUGACUAAGCAUGAUGGAACACACCCUCCCUUGAG